AGGGGUGAGGUCCACCCGGCCAACAGCCCACAGUUCUCAACGAGCAGUGCCCGUGGGAGGUCUUGUACCGUCGUGUCUGGUCUGUGCUCAAUUAAUAUCUCGCUUGGUGUGGAAAUAUAUACAGUGGGUGUGUGUGUGUGCGUACGUGGUGCGGCUCUAGGGCGGAAAGGAACUCUUGAGGGGUCGAGUGUGAGGCGGAGAGCGAUAUAAGAGUUGCACCAGAAGUCCACACCACCACCAACCACACACCACAAUGGGGAUCCGCCACUCUAAGAAGUCUCACGACAUUCAGUCGAGCCCCAAGAAGAACGGUAAUCCCGAGACUGAGGUCAAGAUUAAGGAACUUACCGACGACGCCCCCGUCAGGCUGGAGGAGGCAAAGACGGUGGAGACCAUAGAGGAGGUGGCAGAGAAAGCCACAGCUCCUAAUGGUGAUGCUACAGCAGACCAGACACAGAUUGAGGAGAAAAAUGAAGCUAAUAAAGAAGAAAGUAAGGAAGUGGAAAAUAAGGACAAAAAAGAGGAGCAGAAGACGGAAAAGAAGGUAAAGAAGAAGAAAUCAUUCAGGAGCUUCUCCUUCCUCCGGCGGGAGAAGAAAGCGGCCAAAGUUGAGAACACCAACGGCGACGUUGCCAAAGAGGAGGCUAAGGCUGAAGAACAGAAUGAAGAAGUGAAGAAGGAAGAAGCUGCUGCAGCUCCAGUAGCAGAAGAGAAGCAGGAAGAGGUGGCACCAGUCAAGGAAGAGAAGAAAGAGGAAGAUACAGCAGCUGCGUCAGUAGAGGAAGCACCGAAGGAGGAGGAGGUGGUGGUGGUAGCAGCAGCGCCGGUUGAAGAGGCUGUAGCUCCUGGGCCCACUAAGGAUCCUGCCCCUUCAGAAGAACCAGUUGCCAUUCAAGAUUCUGCACCAGUAGAAAUCCUUAAAGAUGUUGAAUCCAGCCCUGUCCAGGAAUCUGUGACCGAUGUCCCAACUAUAACUCCAUCCUCGGCCCCAGAGGUUAUUGAAGUGGAAUCUGCGCCUGUUGUGGAAUCUGCGCCUGUUGUGGAAUCUGCGCCUGUUGUGGAAUCUGCGCCUGUUGUGGAAUCUGCGCCUGUUGUGGAAUCUGCGCCUGUUGUGGAAUCUGCGCCUGUUGUGGAAUCUGCGCCUGUUGUGGAAUCUGCGCCUGUUGUGGAAUCUGCGCCUGUUGUGGAAUCUGCGCCUGUUGUGGAAUCUGCGCCUGUUGUGGAAUCUGCGCCUGUUGUGGAAUCUGCGCCUGUUGUGGAAUCUGCGCCUGUUGUGGAAUCUGCGCCUGUUGUGGAAUCUGCGCCUGUUGUGGAAUCUGCGCCUGUUGUGGAAUCUGCGCCUGUUGUGGAAUCUGCGCCUGUUGUGGAAUCUGCGCCUGUUGUGGAAUCUGCGCCUGUUGUGGAAUCUGCGCCUGUUGUGGAAUCUGCGCCUGUUGUGGAAUCUGCGCCUGUUGUGGAAUCUGCGCCUGUUGUGGAAUCUGCGCCUGUUGUGGAAUCUGCGCCUGUUGUGGAAUCUGCGCCUGUUGUGGAAUCUGCGCCUGUUGUGGAAUCUGCGCCUGUUGUGGAAUCUGCGCCUGUUGUGGAAUCUGCGCCUGUUGUGGAAUCUGCGCCUGUUGUGGAAUCUGCGCCUGUUGUGGAAUCUGCGCCUGUUGUGGAAUCUGCGCCUGUUGUGGAAUCUGCGCCUGUUGUGGAAUCUGCGCCUGUUGUGGAAUCUGCGCCUGUUGUGGAAUCUGCGCCUGUUGUGGAAUCUGCGCCUGUUGUGGAAUCUGCGCCUGUUGUGGAAUCUGCGCCUGUUGUGGAAUCUGCGCCUGUUGUGGAAUCUGCGCCUGUUGUGGAAUCGGCGCCUGUUGUGGAAUCUGCAGAGAAGGCUGCUCAGGAACAAAAAGAGGAAGCCCCAGCUGCAGAAGAUACUGCACAAGUGGUGGAGGAACCUAAGGCUCCAGUAGAGGAAGUUCCUGCCUCGGCUGAAGUUAAGGAAGAGAUUGUGAAGGAGGAAGCUGCACCUGCUGUUGAAACUGCCCCUGUUGAGGAAAAGCCUGCUGAAACUCCUGCCACUGAGCAAGUCCAGGAAGAAACAAAGACUGAGGAGGUGGAGGGAAGCGUUGCCAGUACGGAGGUUCCUGUUGUAGUGAGUGUGCCCGAGCAGGAAGCUACCCCUGCUCAGGAGACUGCUCCCAUUCAGGAGGAGGCACCUGCGCAAGAGUCCUCCCCUGUGGAGGAGCAGGCUCCUCUUUUGGACAUUUCUGAACAGGUGUCGGCUCCUCUUAUAGAAGAGGCGAGCCCUGUUCAGGAAAGUGCUCCAGUCAAUGAGGCAACUCCUGCUCCAGAGUCGACCCCAGUGGAGGAAGUAACUCAGACCACAGAGGCUGAGACCACACACCAGUCACAAGUGGUUGCAACCACAGAGUCCACACCUGAACAGGACUCCACACAGGUGUCUGAGGCUGUUGGCAAGCCUGUGACUGAUGAUUUAGUGAAGAAGUUCAAGGAGUUGGAUUCUGAAGUGGAAGCCAUGUUGACGCUAGCAGACUCCGCACAUGCUUUGGUUGAAGUACAACGGUUAAAGGACCAGAACAUCUGAACCUGCCACAGCUGGUGUAAAACUGAAGCUGGAGAGAAGGUUGAAGAGUAAUAGGAUUCUCUGUGCAUUGCCACAAGCCAUUCCACCAUCAAGCUUCAUCAUGCCCCCCCUCCCCCCUUCCCACCCCUCCUGGAGUCAGGAAUUAUGUCAAGCAGCAACACAACCUCGCUAUAGUGGGUUGCCAAAUUAGUUGUUCCCCCAAGAUAUUUCAGAACACGUCCACUCUUUUACCAGCUAUUAGUAUUAGCCUUGUAUUUAAUCUCUUGGAGAAUAUGUAUUCAAUUAGUCCUCGAGUUCUUAAAUGUCGAUGAAGCCUGCAGUAUGGGGCUUUUGUCGUCAGUGUGCACAAAUGAGAAGUGAUUGAUAGUAGUGUUGCUGUGCCUUAACACGUCAUGUGUUCACAUUUGGCCAGUGUGGAAGUUCUGCAAGCCAGGUAUCUUGGGGGGUAAGAGGAUAAAUUCUAAAAGACUCAAUUUUGUGUUACCCAGCCUAGACACACUGAUUAGUCUUAAGCGGAGAUAUCACAAAAUUUAUACUAUUAUCAGUAUAUGCAGCAAGACUUCAUUUUGAAUGGUGUACUGUAUAAAUACAAUGUGGGGCAAUUUAGCCUCGUUGUGACUUGGUAUACCAAUAAGACCUUAAGUGCGUAUCGCUGCAAAAGUGAAGUGAUUGGCAAGCCCACCCAACCACAUUCUUCCCGUUUCGUAUGAAGGAAUUUGUGAUUUUUCUAAGCUCUGUUGAAUGGAUUUGUGUGAUGCAUCAUUUGACGUGGUUCUUUUAAAUUGUUGUUUGUGAGGGGAGGAGCGUGGUUGGGACGAGAGGGACCUUUUUGUAUAGUUUGUAUUAUGCAUUGUGAAUAAGGAUGAAAUUUUUUGCUAGAUCAAGAAACUAUUAUUAAAACCUAGUGUAAAUUCUAGACGACAAAAAUGAGUUAUUGUAUUAGUAAUGCUUAUAAUUUGGCAGUACUUUUGUAAGUUGAACGAGACACUUAUGAUUUUAUACCCAAAUCUCUCGUUAGGAUAUCUCUGUAUUGCUCAUGUAGUAAUUUUUUUUUUUUUUUUAAAUCACUGCUGAUAUAUUAAAUCUAGUUUACUUGAUUGUUCCAUGACAUGUGCUUCUGCCUGUUAGAGAAUAAGGCCUAAGCACCAUAAAAAUUGCUGUUGCAUCAUAUUACCCAGUUUGGAAUUUGGGAUUUUUCUUCUGCAGUCUCUCCUCUAAUCAUUUAAUUAGAGCUAAAAUGUUGGUAUGUGCAGAAUGGAAUAAUUACAGCAUUUUUGAUAGUAUAUUUAACUAGAUAUAACCAACCUCUUUGCUAUUAUAAACACACCAAAAUUUUUCUUGUAAAUUAUAAAAAUAGUUCUUUAUUUAAUUUUUAAGUCAUUGUAUGCAAAAGCACUUCAAUUAAAAAAUAAAAUCUCUUUUAGUAUUUAAUUUUUAUGGAGUUACAUAAUAUACAGAAGAAAGUUUGCACAAGACUUUUUGUCCUGGCAUUGGCAAUAAGCAAAAUUUUACUGGUGCUUUGCUGUUUUUAUGAUAUCUUGAUUUGCCGUGUAAUAAAGGAUAUUAAGAAGUUUACACAUUGUAG